AUGCCUCCGGACACAGAGGAGACAGAGCUGCUUCUUCUGGUUGUGACGCUUCUGUGCCACUGGACGAGGGUCGUGUCUGCCGCACAAGCCUUCAUGCACGCCACGGAUGUGCAUGAUAGUUUGCCGCAGGCUUCUGCACUUUCGCCGGUCAGUGGGCGCAGGGCGCGUGGGUCUCGCCGUUGGGUUGCCUUGGCCGCCGCCCCCACGCCGCGCCGCUUCUGGGUGUACCCGCACCGUAGCAGGGACUGGUGGUAUAACUGCGUGUGGUCAUCAUGGAACGAUGAGGAAUGGCUCAAGAACUUCCGCAUGAGCAGAGGAACGUUCCAGAGGAUCGUUGACAGCCUAGCACCAGCAUUGAGGCGCCAAGACACACGCAUGCGGGCGGCGUUGCCCGUGGAGAUGCGAGUGGGGAUGGCCAUUUGGUAUCUGGCCAGUCCCAACUCCUUCAGGGAGGUGCGGCAGCAGUUUGGAGUGGGCACCACCACCGCUUUCGAGGCUGUCCAUGAAUUCUGUGAAGCCGUGAAGAACAUCCUGUUCAAGAGGGUUGUCCGGUUUGCGGAUCCAGUGGAGAAGGUUAUGCGCGGAUUUGCCAACAUAGGCUUCCCACAGUGCGUCGGAGCAAUUGAUGGGUGCCACAUACAGAUUCUAAACCCAUCGGACGCCCCUGCGGACUACAUCAACAGGAAGAGGGUGGCCUCCAUUGUUCUUAUGGCUGUUUGCGAUGACAAAGGACGCUUCUUUGAGGUGGACAUUGGUCACCCCGGUAGAAGCCACGACGCGCACAUUUUCAGGGGUUGCCAUUUCACACAGGCCAUGGACAGGGGUGCCUUCUUCCCAGUUAACCCUGUAUUGUCCAUUCACGGCGUGGCUGUCCCACCGUUGAUUUUGGCGGAUGGCGCAUUCCCCAUGCGGAGGUGGCUUGUAAAGCCAUACCUUCAUCCACGGAACGCGAUAGAGCGCCUGUACAACAGAAGAAUGAGCAGGGCCAGAUGUGUUGUGGAGCGUGCCUUUGGGCGAUUAAAGGGGAGGUGGAAGUGCCUGUGGCACAAGUUGCCCAUAAGGGUGGAGAGGGUUAACUCCCUGGUUGCCACUUGUGUUGUUCUACACAACCUAUGCGAAGCGGAAAAUCAGGACUCUCCGGAGAGUGAAUGGCGGACUGGCCCCCUGCUAACUCAGAUGGAAGAGCAGCAGCCCAUCAUAAUUGACCAGGGUGAGGGGUCCUACUCUGAGGAUCAGCAUCUGGCUGCCCUUCCAAGGCGCCUGUGCGGGCUCGUUGGCCCAUCCCCCUCUCGCAAUUCUAUCACCCUCAGUAACAGUGAGCACUUAAGGGUCGAUAUGUCGUCCCCUCGGGGUGUGAACUGGUCGGAAGAGGAGGUGGAGGCGAUGAUACUGUCUGUGAUCAGCAGGGGGGUGGCGCCGAACCUGGUGGGUAGCGGGAAGGCUCCCAACAGGAAAAUCUACUCCGGCCUCAGCAAGGCCAUGGUUCUCAUGAACAAGCCCAAAUGUAAUUGCUGUGUUUACUUUGGCCAGCCCCAGCAUUUAAAGGCUGUGUCUGAUCCAACCACGCCAAGUGCUGUCUUCUGA